UCCAUCGCUCCGCCCCUUCCCGGUGUUUCAAGUUUAUGGGGCACGCCGUGGUGUCUCGUCGGUGCCCAUUUCAGUGAGCAUUCCUUUCGCUGGAUGUUGAGGGACUCUGGCAGUCUGCUCCUCUCCUUGUUGCCCGUCCCCAGAGGUCGCUUUCAACCGGACCAGGAACUCAAACCCGAAAAGGAGAUUCAGGUCAAGAAUAUCUUGAAAGAAGCAGCUCUGAGCCUCCCUCGAAAUGGCGAACUGGACUAAUAUCUUGUUCUUACAAAAUACUCUGAGCAAAGGAGUGAACCCUGACAUUGACAGCGAACGCAAAGUCAAGUCAUUCAGUGUAGAGAAACUCACUAACUUUCUGGACGGCAGUGCAGAAAAAACCAAGAAGAGGAGGAGGGUCGAAAAAAUUAUUUUCAGUGAUCCAAUUUUUAUGAAAGAAAGUAUUUAUUUUAUGAACCAGAAUGAGAGAUAUGAAGCAGCUGUUCAGAAGACUGUCCGGAUGAAGAUGAUAAUGAAGCAAAUGGGCUGGACUGAAAAUGGACUUGAAAUGACCUAUUGCUAUAGGGCCCUUGGAGGAGAUUUGGCUUUUAACAUUCACAGCAUCUUUCAGAAAGCUAUCAUGGGGCUGGGCUCAGAUGAACAGAUUGCCAAGUGGAUACCACCAGCACAAAAUUUUCAGAUAAUCGGAACCUAUGCUCAAACAGAGCUGGGGCAUGGCACAUACCUGCAAGGGCUGGAGACCACUGCAACCUUUGACUCUUCCACCCAGGAAUUUGUAUUGAAUACACCAAAGCUGACUGCAACCAAAUGGUGGCCUGGAGACUUGGGAAGAACAGCAACCCAUGCUUUGGUGCUAGCCCAGCUUUACAGUGGAGGAAAGUGCCAAGGCAUGCAUGCCUUCAUCGUGCCCAUCCGGAGCCUGCAUGACCACUCUCCCCUUCCAGGAAUAACUGUGGGAGACAUAGGGCCCAAAAUGAGCUUUGAACAAACCGACAAUGGCUUUCUCCAGCUGAAUAAUGUACGGGUCCCUCUGGAAAACAUGUUGAGCAGAUUCUCCCAGGUUUUGCCUGAUGGUACCUACCUGAAACAGGGAGCCGCGAAGAGCAACUACCUCACCAUGGUGCUGGUACGAGCCCAGCUGCUUUCGGGUGAAAUCUUAAACCAGCUGAAGAAGGCCUGCAUUAUUGCCAUUAGGUACUCUGUGAUUCGCCACCAGUCCAAGAUCCAACCCAGUGACCCAGAAGUCAAGAUCUUUGACUACCAGACUCAACAGCAGAAACUGUUGCCCCAGCUCGCCACAGCCUACAGUUUUCACUUUACUGCCCAGAGCGUUUCUGACUUCCUCAAGAGCUGCUACGAAGACAUUGUGAAUGGUCACUUCACUCUGCUCCCAGAGCUUCACGCUCUGACUUCAGGCGUGAAAGCCAUGGUAACGGAGACCACUACUCUUGGCACAGAGAUCUGCCGAAGGGCUUGCGGCGGGCACGGCUACUCCCUACUGAGCGGCCUUCCUUCCUUGGUCACCAAAGUCAUGGCUUCUUGCACUUACGAAGGAGAAAAUACCGUUCUCUACCUGCAGACUGCCAGAUUUUUGCUGAAGAACUUCAUGCAGGUUCAGUCUCUCAGCUCUCCAGAGACCCUUCCUACAUCUGUCAGGUAUCUGGCUUCUUCCAACACCGGGAGAUGCCAGGCCAGGAAACCGGCAGACUUCCUUAAUCCAACCCUUUACACCGAGGCCUUUAAGCAUGUAUCACUCAGGCUCAUUCAGAAUGCAGCCCUUAAGGUACGUAAUUUGACUGAGGGAGGAACCAAUCAGUAUGAAGCAUGGAAUCAGACUUCAGUUCUGCACGUCUUUGCUGCUAAGGCUCAUUGCCACUAUUUUGUAGUGAAAACUUUUGUUGACGGUCUAAUGAUGUUCAAAGAUGAUCCUGAACUCUAUAGAGUGAUGAAAAAUCUCUGUGACCUCUACGCACUCGAUGGUAUUUUAUCCAACACUGGAGACUUUCUGCAUGACAACUUCAUGUCUGGGGACCAAGUAGAAAUGGCAACAGAAAUUUACCUAGGCCUGCUUGCUGUAAUCCGGAAGGAUGCAGUUUUACUCACUGAUGCGUUUGACUUCUCGGAUGAGAGUUUAAAUUCAGCACUGGGCUGUUAUGAUGGAAAUGUCUAUGAGCGUCUGUUUAAGUGGGCCCAAAAAUCUCCAACCAAUACCCAGGGGAAUCCUGCCUUUGAGAAAUAUCUGAAGCCACUUUUACAAAGUUUCCCAUCCAAGCUAUAAGACCAAUGGCAACUUGAACCAGAGAAAGCAAACAUCAAUCUCUUGCAUUUCCCCUUAGGUUCCUUGGUUUUCCUUUAAUGAUUUUGUUUUAAAUUUACAUUACAUGCUGUGCCUUGUAUAGUUCUAAUCCACACAUUUAAUGUGGGUAAAGAAACUCUUCCCCGAGUGCCUAAUUCCAGUCAUCACUAAAACUCCCAGAUCUGUAUCUAAACAACUAGAAAUUAUUUUUGUAGUUAUUAAGCAGCUCUAUUCUUUGUUUAUACUAAAACAAUCCUUAAUCCCACUGCAUUUAUAAAUUCAAAAUCUGUUACAGUUUACAUCUUUACUUUUAACACUGCCCUUCCGGCUCACAUGUGAAACUGAUUUGGAAAAACAUUCAAAACCAAUCCAUAAGGAUCAAUUGGACACCCAUCUGCCCCUCCCAAUUUAGAAGUAAACAAUAAAUUACUAAUGAAUGAGGCAACUGGAAGGAAUCUGAUUAUAUCCAACUGAUCCUUGGAACACUGGGCAGGAAAAAAGCAUCCUCUAGAGUUUUUUUUCUAAUGGAAUAAAUCAUAGAAUUGCAUUUCCCAAUAUCCCUUGCCAACAUUUCCCCUUUUCAACCCCCCUCCACCCUAGUGGGAUUUAAGUAGUCUAUAAAUCUAGAAGAGAAAAUGACUAUAUAAGUGAAAAAGCACUGGAAUUAGCGAAGUAAAUUAGUGGAAGCAUAGAAUACUGGUAAUCAUGCUGAUGUUUUACAUUUGCAAAGAUUUUUAGUUGCCUUACUUAUCAAGGAGCUCCUGGAGUUGAUCAACUAAAGGUAAUUUUUAUGUAUAAUUAUAGAGAAGCAAUUCCAAGGAGUCAUUUAAUAUAGUCCCCUGUUUGUCAGGAGUUUCUGCUUGAUAUGGAGGAAAAUUGGCAACCACUGAACAUUGUUGAGUGGAGAGAUGUGUGUAGAAUGGUACUUUACCAAAAGGAUCUGGGCAGUAGAGUGGGGGAGAUACUGGAGGCAGAGAGAUCAGCAAGGAUGCUUCAGCGAGGAUGCUUAUGCAAUAGACAAUUCGGGAUAUAACUCUCCAGACUGGUGUGGUGGCAGUUUGGUUGGAGCGGAGAGUGUGGCUGAGUGGACAGAAUAGAAUUGGGUGUCAGGAGACCUGGGUUCUACACCUGGUUUUCCUACUUGUCUGUUCUGUGACCUUGGGCAAGUUGCUUUGCUUCUCUGUGCCUCUCAGUUUCAUCAUCUGUAAAAUGGGGAUAAAGAACCUGUUUUCUCUUACUCUUAGACCUGUGAGUUCAUGUGAGAUGGGAAAUUGUGUCCAAUCUGAUUAUUUUGUAUAGUGCUAUUAUUAAUAAAGAAUUGUAAGGAAGAUAAUUCCAUAAGUUUCCUCAGAAGUAUAUUCUAAUACCAAAAACUUUUUAAAAUAAGGAAAUUCAUAUGGCAAACAUAUAGCCAAGUCUUAAGAACAGAGAAGUAUAUCAGUCAUGAAGACCAAGGCACUAGAAUGAAACAAAAAUAAAUGUAAGUUUGUUUUUAUUUUAUUCAUCUGCUCUGAACAAACCAAAACUUUGGUAAUAAAAAUAAAAUGAGCACCACAACAUACGCACAGAAAUGGGUUAGAUGCGAAAAUAAGAGUUAACUAAUGCUUCAGUGGGGAACGCAACCAAUAUUAUAAAUAAUUAUAACAGUUGAUAACUAAUUCAAUAAACAUCUGUGCUAUGGAGCCCAAGCCCCAUUUGAAUGGAA